AUGGCGAAUCCUUUCGGUUCCGCAUGGCGCUCCUUUUGGCAUACCAUGACCUCCUAUGAUCGUCAUGCCUCCCACGAUUCUCCCUACCGAACUGGUCAACAUGUUCCCCUUAAUCAAAGUCGCCAUGAACCUCUCACAUCCAUUGCGACUAGCGCCAUUGAAUCUCGCAAUGAUCUCUCCAAUCCUUAUGACGACGAGCCGUCCAAGGGCCUAGCGACUGCACACGCCUCCGAAUUCAAUGGAUCCCCCGUUGAUAUGGGUUCACCGAACCGCCCUUACUCGCCUGGAAUGCGAUCCAUGGGACCUAAACGCAGAUCCAAUGAUCAAGAGUCAGGGGAAAUUCAGAUGCAAAGCUUUCACGACGGAGCGCCACCACCACCCCCGGUCGCUCACUCCUGGCGGAAAAUCGAACGUUGGCUAGAAAGCAACUACGAGGAACUCUUGGAUAACCUUGGUGAAGGAUGCACACAGAACGACAUUAAUGAAUUGGAACACGAGCUGGACUGCAGUCUGCCACUCGAGUUGCGAGAAUCUUUGAUGCUCCACGAUGGACAAGAGCGGCCCGGUCUGCCCACUGGUGUGCUUUUCAGCACUAUGUUGCUUGAUUGCGAGGAGAUUGUUCAGGAGCGCCGAAACUGGAAAACCGUCAACGAUGAAUACCUCAACGCCGCCAUGAUGUCCACCCCCGUCUCUAGCUCUGCCGCCAGUUCCUCCGCCGCCGCCCCUCCACAAGGUGCCACAUGGACUCCCAACCCCCCCGGUGCGGUGCAGAAGGCAUAUGCUCACCCUGCCUGGAUUCCGUUGGCGCGCGACUGGGGCGGUAACCACAUCGCUAUUGAUCUUGCCCCCGGUCCUGCUGGUAAAUGGGGCCAGAUCAUCAUCUUCGGCCGCGACUACGACUGUAAAUACGUAAUUGCCCGGUCCUGGGCCGCUUUCCUCGCUACAUUCGCCGAUGACCUCUGCAGCGGCCGGGUCAUGAUCGACGAGGAGACAAAUGAGAUGAAACUCAAGGAGUUCAAGGCACAGAACGUUGAACCUUCAUACUUGGAGAUUCUGCGCUGGCGAGUCGAUCAGAAGUACGGUCGCCGUCCACAGCGCCGACGUGGUCCUAACGGAUUGGGUGUGAAUGCGUCUGGGAAGGGCUCUACCAGGGAAUCUCCCUAUGGUAGCCCGACUCGCGCAGAGGAACGAGGCCGGUCCCCGAACCGUUUCCCCAACCGUGGCCCUGCGCCGAGCCCCAUGACCCAGUUCAAUAUGUCCAGUCCUCUUGCCCGGGUGACCGAGGAGGGACCAUCGGCUUCUUCAGGACCUGCGAUCUCUGAAGAUCUACACGAGAGCAAGGAAGAGUCAGACGAGGAUCUAUUGGAAGUUACGACUCCUCAGAUCUCCAACAAGGAGAACGAAGGAUUCCCAGAAUUGAAGUCUGAGGCGGAGAAGUCUGAGAAGAGCGAGGAACACUCAGGAUCCUCGAAUGGCAUAGAUUCCGAGGUUCUUGGGGAGAUGAAGAAUGUGGCUAUUUAG